AUGGGGAACUCGUUCAUCACUGCCAAGGGCCUGGAGGCGCUUUGCUGCAACUCCCUGGAGGGAGAAGGGCAGGAAGACAUGAUCAGCCCAGAUCUGGCCCAGGCACUCUUCAUGCACGAGGUGCCAGUGCAUGUGAACGCGACAAUGGAAGAAGAAGUGGGGCAGGCACGGUUUUACAGUUCGUCGCGGACGGUGUUGCCGCUGCUGAAAUGGGAGAGGACACCCGUGGGCUUCGGGCAACGGCUGGUGUGUUUGGAUGGCGGCAUCGUGUUGGAUGAAAAUGACCACCAACUGUUGAGACCAGGCGAUGUUCAGCUCGUGCUUGUCAACUUCUGUUCAGCAUCUGAAGUGCAAGCAAAAGAGCUGCAGCAUGCUGCAAAAAGAGGCUUGACAUCAGCGAUGGAGACAAUUUUGCAAAAACCACAAGACCCAGAUUUGGGUGAUCCGACGCCGCUGCUCUAUGCUUCCACGCACGGCCACCUGGAGGCAGCGGGCCUCUUGUUGGAAGCCAAUGCGGACCAGGAUAAGGUGGCCAACUCGGGCAAAACCCCUUUGUUCGUUGCAGCCCAGCAUGGGCAUUCGGCGGUUGCACGCCUUUUGCUGGAGGCCAAUGCGGACAAGGACCAGGCAACGAUUCAUGGCUGCACUCCUCUGUACAUUGCAGCUAUGCACGGGCAUUUGGAUGUUGCACGCCUUUUGCUGGAGGCCAACGCGGACAAGGACAGAGCCACGGAUAGUCAUAGUGGUGCCACACCUUUGUGUGUUGCAGCUAAGAAUGGACAUUUGGAGGUUGCACGCCUUCUGCUGGAGGCCAAUGCAGACAAGGACCAGGCCAUCAUUCAGGGCUGCACCCCUUUGUUCGUUGCAGCUCGAAAAGAACAGCUGGAUCUUGUACGUCUUUUGCUGGAAGCCAAUGCAGAUACUGAAAAGGUUAGGCAUGAUGGCGCCACCCCUUUGUUCAUGGCAGUUAACAAGGGGCUUUUGGAGGUUGCACGCCUGUUGCUGGAGGCCAACGCGGACAAGGACAGGGCCAACAAGAAUGGCGCCACCCCUUUGGUCAUUGCAGUUCAGAAAGAGCAGCCGGAGCUUGUACGUCUUUUGCUGGAGGCCAAUGCUGACAAGGACAAGGCUAAGCCGGAUGGCGCCACCCCGUUGUUCAUUGCAGCCCAGAAGGGGCUUUUGGAGGUCGCACGGAUUUUGCUGGAGGCCAAUGUGGACAAGGACAGGGCCAACAAGAAUGGCGCCACCCCUUUGUUCGUUGCAGCUCGCACUGGGCGGUUGGAAGUCGUGCGCCUUCUGUUGGAGUCAAAGGCGGACAGGGACAAGCCAGCAAGCAAUGGCGAAACCCCCGUGCUCGCUGCCACCCAGGAAGGGCAUUCGGAGGUUGCGCAACUGUUGCUAGAGACCAAUACUGACGAGGAGCAGGCUAGGAAAUUUACCUCUUAG